AUGAAGCUGCGGCUGCGAAUCCUCCUCAUUGCUCUGGUGUUGUGCGCCCCAUUUUCCUCAUCUUCGAAGCCCAAGGACCCGUUCCUCGGUAUCGCUCCCGAAGAUGACAAGUAUUACAGGGCUUCUGAUGUUAUAAGAUGUAAAGAUGGAUCCGGAAAAUUCAACAAGGCGCAGCUCAAUGACGAUUUUUGCGAUUGCGCUGAUGGCACCGAUGAACCUGGUACAUCGGCAUGUCCGGGUGGAAGAUUUUUUUGUGGGAAUGCAGGACAUUCUCCUGUUUACUUGUUUUCAUCCAGAGUGAAUGAUGGAAUCUGCGAUUGUUGUGAUGGAACUGACGAAUAUGAUGGUCAAGUAAAGUGUCCAAAUACCUGCUGGGAGGCUGGGAAAGUGGCUCGAGAUAGACUGAAAAAAAAGAUUGCUACUUAUCAAGAGGGUGUCAAAUUGCGAAAGCAAGAAAUUGAACAAGCUAAAGUAGCUAUCGAGAAGGACGAGGCAGAACUUUCAAAAUUAAAAAAGGAAGAAAGUAUACUUAAAGGGAUCGUAAAACAGCUAAAGGAUCAUAAAGAACAAAUAGAGAAGGCAGAGGAGAAAGAACGUUUACAGAGAGAAAAGGAAGAGAUGCAGAAAAAGGGGUCUGAGGAGAAGGCUAAUGAAGCAAAAGACAAAGCUGAUGAAGAUGUGGCAAAUAGAAAUGAAGCUGGAAAGCAUUUAGAUGUAGAAGGCAAUGCUGGGGAAAAUAAUCAUGAUAAAAUAGAAAAUCUAGAAGGUUCUCCAGCAGAUCAGGAUGAAGAUGUACUUGAUAAUGAUGAUGAAACCAGCGAUAGUCCUGGAAGUGAAGAAUCUUUGCAUAAUAAAGUUGAAGAGAAAGCAAAAGAAGCCAAGGAAGAACCUAUUGUUAAAUCUGAAACUGAUGUGAAGGUUGGAAACAAAGAUUCCUCCGAUGAAAUUAUCAAUAAGAUUUGGGUGAAAGGGGAUAUUAGGGAUGUUGUUUCAGAUCUAGACAUAUUGCAGAUUGAUAAAUGA